AUUGCAUAAUUUGGUACUCUUCUUUCUUCAAUUUAUAAUAAGAUCAAUCAUUUAUGAUUUGUUAGAAUAGAGGUUUUGGGCUGCUGGAGGCGGGAGAGAAUGGGGGGUUGGAAUGAAUUCAGAUGGAGGUUCGUAGGAUGGGUGAGUCAACGGUGGUGCUGAAUAGGGAGAUUGAAGGUAGGGCCGUGCUUGGAAUCACUGAUAACCUGGGAGGAGAGCUUGGUGUGCUGGAAAAGAGGGGGUGGUGCAAGCAAGGACUAAGCCUUGGAAAAGGAUGGCUAGCGGUCAAAGGAGUAGUGAGGAAUAUAGUCAUGCUCGCUGUGCUGGGGGUAAACAACAUGGAUCCGCUCCUGUGGGGGGAACUCCAGAUAAGAAGAGCAAAAGUGGAGGAGGUAUGGAACAGAAUUUGGCCGGAGUGGGAAUGGAUAAUAUGCCACCCUCCCAAAUUCUUUUUUAUCUUAGACUUUUGAAUUGAAACCUAUUAAUAGUAUCAGGUUCCUAGGAUUUUGCUGAAACUACUUGCUAGAUGUUUAGAUUCAUUUUAGAAUAAGAAAUGUUGGCAAAGUGUUAGGUGGGAUUGGUAACGGUGAUAUCUUGCUCCAUUUUCCCUUACUAUUAAUCUUGUAAUCUCUGAUAUUUUAUAAAUGAAAAUUUUCUUC